AUGAAAACAUCACAAUCAUCUGAUGAAUUGAGAAUACAUUAUAAUUUGCAGACACAUAUUGAAUCAAAUGAAAGUAGUGAAAUCAAAUUUUGGCCUAUUGAACAAAUUGAUGCAUUAUUGAAUGAUGAUUCUAUGUUUAUCAUUACUGUCGCUUGUCAAGGAGCAUUAAAUGCUUUCCGUCGGUUGUUUAUUAAAUCGAUAAAUUCUACUAUAUAA